AUGAAUUUUGCACGAAAAUUUCACACGGCAUCUAUAUUAACAAAUGGAAAAGUGUUAGUUAUUGGUGGAUAUAAUGGUAUUUCUCUAAAUAGUGCUGAAUUGUACGAUCCAUCAAUAGGAAUCUGGACAAUUAUUACUAGCAUGAGCACUGGAAGACAGGAACAUACUACAUCUGUAUUCACAGAUGGGACUGUGUUAGUUGCUGGAGGAAUCAAAGAUAAAGAUUUUUUAAAUACUGCUGCAUUGUAUAAUCCAUCAACAGAUAGUUGGACAGUUACGGGAAACAUGCAUGGUCUACGAGGUGCUCACACAGCAACUAUAUUUACAAAUGGAAAAGUGUUGAUUAAUGGUGGAGAUGGUGGUAGUGGUUUUCUUAACACCGCUGAAUUAUAUGAUUCAUCAACAGGAAUCUGGACACGUACAGGAAACAUGAAUUAUAAUCGUGUUAAUCAUGCAACAUCUUUAUUAACAGAUGGAAAAGUGUUAGUUGCGGGUGGACUUGAUCGUAGUCCUUUAAAUAGUGCUGAAUUGUAUGAUCCAUUGACAGGAUUCUGGACAAUUACAGGUAGUAUGAGUGAUACACGACAGGGUAGUACAUUAUCUAGAUUAAUGAAUGGAAAAGUGUUAGUUGCUGGUGGAUUUAAUGGUGGCUAUCUAAAAAGUGCUGAAUUAUAUGAUCCAUCAACCGGUAAUUGGACACAUACAGGUAGCAUGAAUAUUGCACGGGCAGGGCAUACAGCAUCAUUAUUGCCUAAUGGAAAAGUAUUAGUUACUGGCGGAUCUGAUGGUAGUUUUCUAAAAAGUACUGAAUUAUAUGAUCCAUUAACAGGAAUCUGGAUUAGUAGUAUGAAUAUCAAUAUUGCACGAUGGCAGCAUACAGCAACCAUACUCACAAACGGAAUAUUGUUAAUUACUGGUGGUGAGCAGGGUAAUAAUAUGUACCUGAAUAAUGCAGAACUGUUUCCAUUGCCAUAA